AUGGCGAACACUGCCGCGGUCGAGCCGGCGCGCCGCUCCACACGGGUGAAACGCCCAGCGCCCAAGGCCAUCGAGUCGGACGACGAGCCGGCGCCCGCCAAGAAGCCGGUGGCCAAGAAGGCCAAGGCGCCGCCAGCGGCGAAGAAGGCGGCGAAGAAGGCGAAGAAGGCGCCCGCGCCGCCCGUCGCGCUCCCGAAGCAGAGCGCGCUCGUGCGCAUCCUCAGCCACGAGCACGAGCUCCUGCGCGAGGUCGCGAGCUACUGCGCCUACCGCGACGUCGUCGCCCUGUCGCUCGUCGACCGCGGCGCCACGGCCCUGCUCACGGAGGUCGACGACAUCUGGAAGACCUUCCUCAGCGAGUGCGACGCCUGGCAGGGAUACAAGAAGAUCUCCGCGGACCAGCGCGAGAUGACGGAGCGCGCGUACGGCGUGCGGCGGGUCUGCGCGGCGCUGUCGUCCGGCCACUGCGCGGAGUGCGGCCACGGCGCCGCGUGGUUCGACACGCUGACGUGCGCGCGGACCUGCCUGCGGUGCUGGCGGUGCCUCGACAGCGGCGACCACGGCACGGAGGGCGCCGCGCCGAGCCAGCUCUGCUCGUACUCCUACGCGAAGGAAAGCUACCUCAUCACGGACAAGGACCUCAAGGGCGUGGCGGUCCUCAAGGUCGACGACGAGACCAAGGCUCACGGCCUGAUGAUGACGAAGAUGAGCGUCGUGCUCGUCGCCGACGCGCUGAAAGCCGCCGUCGCCAAGCACGGCUCCGAGGACACGCUCGAGGCGAAGCGGGCCAUUCGAAAGGCCACGGCCCAGCUCAAGCACGACGCGAAGCUCGUCGAGUACACCACCUCCCUCAAGGCCUGGCAGGCCCAGCCCGUCGGGACGAAGAGCAUGGACGACUACCCCAAGUACCCGAAGAGCCCGUCGUCGUCGGGCAAGUGGAACUUCCUGGCCCGCAACCAGCGCUGCUGGGACAUGCUCAAGGUCUGCGACAAGUACGGCCUCUGGGAGGGCGUGCCGCCGCCCGCGCUCAAGCCGACGAAGCGGGCCAAGGUCUACGUCGUCACCGAUUCGGACGCCGCCGCCGCGGAGAAGGCGUUCGCGAAGCACGGCACCUUCGCCGGCUGCUGGUCGAACAUCUUCGAAUGCGUCCACGACAUGGAGAAGUCCGGCUCCGUGCUCGUCGUCGACAAGAAGUGCGACCUGAAACUGAUGGAGCCCGCGUGCGACAAGGAGAAGGUGAGCGCGACCGCGCGCGACUGCGGCUACACGGUCGGCUCGACGUCGCAGAUCAACACGCUGUCGCUGAACACGACGAUCAAGGUCGUCGGCACGCCGAACGGAUCCAUCGUGAGCAACAACGUCGCGCUCUGGGUCUCGGCGCGCGACGUCUUCGUCGACCUCGAGGGCCUGCGCGUCCGCGUCGACCCCGACGGCGGCGAGGACUGGAGCCCCUGCGUCGUCUUCGGAGGCGGCCACGUGCGAGCCGUCGACUGCGUCUUCGAGUCGGGCCCGCGCACGCGCGGGUUUACGGUCCUCGCGCACGCGCCCGUGCACCUCCUGCGCUGCACCGUGGCCAACUACGGGUCCGUCUCGCGGGCCGGGGCCGCGCUGCACUUCAGCGACAUCCCCGAGGAGCCCGCCGUGCGCAUCAAGGAGAACAACAUCGUCACCGACUGCGUCCACCUCGGCCUCGGCGGCUACUUCAUCGCGAACGAGCCCGACGACGACGACGACGAGGGGCAGGCGAAGCUCGCCGCGAUCCGCAAGAAGAUCGAACGCGAGAACGCCGUCCUCGCCCACACCGACGCCCCGGACUACAGCGGCAUCAUGGACCCGGUCCCCGUCCCCCCCAUGGACGCCAUCCCGACCGCUCCGAGCGCCGCGGCGCCGCCCGCGGCGCCCCGGGAGCCCGCACCGGGCCCCGACGUCGACAUGGUGGCUUCGCCGCCGCCGGAUUCGCAGAGCGCCGCCGCCGAGCGCCCGGCGCCCGCCGCGCCCGCGCCCGCCGCGCCGAAGACCGAGGACGCGCCGCCCCCCGCGGCGACGACGAUGCGCGUGCUCGUGCGGUUCGCGGGCGCCGAGGACGCGCCGGGCGUCGUCGUGCUCGCGCCGGACGACUCGUCCGUCGCGGCGCUCCGGAGCCUCGUCGCGGCCUGUGUCGCGGCCCGGGUCGCGGACCGCUUCGGCCCCGGCGCCAAGGUCGCGGCGCUCGCCCUCGACCGGACGCCCGUGCGCGGCGCCUUCGCGUGCUACGACGACGCGGUCUUCACGGCGACGGUGUCGCGCGACGCGGAGACGCAGGUCGGCGCGGGCGCGCGGCACGACGACGAGGCCUCGGACGACGACGGCCCGCCGAAGCUCAUCCCCCGCGUGGAGGUCGCGCCGCCCGCGGACGACCGCGAGCUCCGGGCGACGGCGCGGCUCCUCUACGCGGAGCUCAGCCUCCUCACGGAGGGCCGCGACAAGGGCUACAAGACGAACGUGCGCCUCGCGCUCGCGCGCGCGGGCUGGCAGGUCAACGACGAGUCGAACCAGGAGCUCGGCGCGAAGCCGCCCGCCGGGUGGCCGGCCGUGGGCCGCAUCCUCGAGCGGUCCAAGAACGCGUCGAAGACGUCGAUCCGCACGAUCACGGGCUCCAACGGCGUCGUGCGCUACCUCGAGCUCAUCGCCAACGGCGCGUCGGACGUCGCGGCCGGCGGCCGGAAGCGCAAGGCGGCGCCCGCGCCCGCCUACGACGACGAGUCGGACUCGCCCCUCAUCGAGGCCAAGGCCGAGAGCGCGUUCGCCGCGCCCGUCUGGAAGUUCGCCGCGAUGGCCGAGGCCCAGCUCAACGCCUAGGGCGUAAGUGGAAUUGCAAUCGGG